AGUCACUCAGCCAGUCAGUCUUGUUUUUGAGUUCCGUUCUGUCUUGUGCAAACUAUACACGACUGUUCUCCGUGACAGGAUUAUUGUUUUAUUUUCAAAACUUCGGGACGGAAAAAUGUUUACAUCUUUGUUUCUUUCUAAAUUCAUCCACGUGUUUUGUGUUUUAUCAAAAUAAAAGCGUCAGUGAUGUGUGAAAUAGUGAAUAGAUGAUUUGGAACCAUAUGCUUCGAAUUUUACGAUACAUUCUCAUCGAGCAAAUAACGGAACAAAACAUUCGAAAGGGUGUCAAAAGGAUCGUAGUCUUAAAUGAGAGCGUUUAGCAAACCGGUCGAUCUUCGGAUGAAUAAAAAUGUCAACAGAAGGAAGUGGAGAGACACCUUCGACGGUACCAAGUUUGCCGGGGGCACCGGAGCAAACGUACUUAUUUCCAAAAGCAAAGGGACACUCGAGGUCUGUAAGUCAUGGAGGAACACCGACCCUGGGAGGCACCCUCGCAGCACGACCACCGCUCAAGUCGGCGAUGCGGGGCCACCAGCGCGCGUUGUCUCACGGCCAGAUCGGCGAAGGGGGUCGCACCGCUCCGAGCUCCGGCCACAGCCGGACCGGUAGCCGUACCGACUUCAUAUUGCCACCGGGCCACCGCGAGCCAGUGCCCGUCAGCGCACAGCCGCGCAUCAACUCCCUCCGCGCUCACCACUCUCGCCAGGCCUCGCGAUCGGAUUCUAUUUACACGAUUCGGCGCGAUUCAGUGGUGGCGCCGUGGCGUCGCGCCGUGUUCUGGCUUAUGCGUCGACAGCAGCCCGCCGUCGACAACAGACACCUCUCCGUCACACCCAACCAUUUGGUACCAGAAAAGACGCCACCUAAAGAUCAUCCAAAUGGACAGAGAUGUGACAACAAAAUCAGAACUACAAAAUACACUCUACUGUCUUUUAUCCCUAAAAACUUAUUUGAACAAUUUCAUAGAAUAGCAAAUGUGUACUUUAUAUUCAUAGUGCUGUUGAACUGGGUGCCGGCUAUCAAUGCUUUUGGCAAGGAAGUGGCCAUGUUGCCCGUGUUGUUUGUGCUUGGUGUGACUGCUAUCAAGGACUUAUUUGAAGACCGUCGCAGGCACCUCUCCGACAAGAGGAUCAACAAUUCAUUUUGUCGAGUCUACAAAAAAUCAGUAGAGCGGUACGUAAGAGUUAAAUGGAAAGAGGUGCGUGUGGGAGACCUAGUGCACCUGUCAAACAACGAGGCGGUACCUGCGGACAUGGUACUUCUGCAUUGCUCCAAUCCUGCGGGCGUCUGCUACCUCGACACCUGCAACCUGGACGGCGAGACCAAUCUCAAACAGCGUAUCGUCGCACCGGGCUUCAGGGAAAAGCAUAAAGAUUUCUGCCCUCUGAAAUUCAGAAGUACAGUUGAAGUGGAACGACCGUCGACCAAAAUAUACAGGUUUACCGGUACGAUUUCACAUCCCAACGGAAUUCGAGUCCCGCUCAAUUCAGAAAACUUAUUGCUAAGAGAGUGCACCAUUAAAAAUACAGACUAUGUUGAGGGUAUCGUUGUGUACGCGGGACACGAAACCAAGGCCAUGCUGAACAACGGCGGACCGCGGUACAAGUGCUCGAAGCUCGAGCGCAAGAUGAACACUGAUGUGAUCUGGUGCGUGCUCGUGCUGCUCUUCCUGUGCUGCGCCGGCGCUGUUGGCUGCAAGCUCUGGUACGACCACUACAGUCCGCUGCUCUACAAAGUCACGCCCUUCAUCACCUACGCGGACAAGCCAGCGUACGAGGGCCUUCUGAUCUUCUGGACCUACAUCAUAGUACUCCAGGUCAUGAUACCGGUGUCCCUCUAUGUCACGAUCGAAAUGACCAAACUGCUCCAGGUGUACCAUAUUCACCAGGACGUUGAAAUGUACGACCCGGUUACCAAUACACGGACAGAGUGCCGAGCUUUAAACAUCACCGAAGAGUUGGGGCAGAUCAAUUACUUGUUCAGCGAUAAGACGGGCACUUUGACGGAGAACAAGAUGGUGUUCAGGCGAUGCACGGUGGGUGGCGUGGACUACGACCACCCGCCUGGCCCGCCCGCCGAGCCCUCGCCCGACCUGCCACCCAUCGUCACUCCCAUCACCAAGGUUUCGCCCAACAGGAGGAUGCUGCAACACAUGCAGGAUAACAACGACGCUCAACAUACGCAAAAGGUGCGCGAGUUCCUCCUGAUGCUGGCGGUGUGCAACACGGUAGUGGUGAGCCAGCCACACGUGGACGCUAUGCAGUUGAGCGGCUCGCAGUCCGGCGGACACUUCCCCGCAGACCGGCCCGCCGACCGCCCCGCAAGGUCCAACGGCACGCUGCGAUCAAACGACAAGUAUGCGCGGCUGACGGAGUCCAGGUCGACGACGCCCUCACCGCCGCCCUCCACCACGUCCCCGCUGCGCAUCCGCCUGCCGCGCUUCCCCUUCGGUAGCCGCGACGACACCAGCAGCGAGCCAAGCACCUCUGCAGAUUCACAGUUGGCGCGUUUCGAGGCGGAGAGCCCGGACGAGCUGGCGCUGGCGGAGGCGGCGCUGGCGUACGGCUACGAGCUGCGCAGCCGCGCUCCCGACGAGGUGGAAGUGGGCAUGCGCGGUGAGCUGGUGCGCUACAAGGUUCUGCGCGUACAGCAGUUCGAUUCCAACCGGAAGUGCAUGUCCGUCGCCAUGCGCCUGCCAACCGGACAGGUGAUCCUGUACGUGAAGGGCGCGGACUCAGCGGUGCUGGGCGCGCUGACGCCGAUGCGCGCGGGCUCGGCGGAGGCGGCGGCGUACGAGCGCACGCGCGCGCUGCUGUCGGAGUACGCCCGCGCCGGCCUGCGCACGCUCGUCAUGGCCAAGCGCACCAUGCAGCCCGCGCUCUGGGAGGAGUGGCUCGCGGGACAUGCGCGCGCAUCCGAAAUUGGAGAAGGUCGCGAGAAGCGCAUCCGCGAGUCUCUGGCGCGGCUGGAGAGCGCGCUGAGCCUGGUGGGGGCGACGGGGGUGGAGGACCGGCUGCAGGAGGCGGUGCCGCGCACAGUGCGGGCGCUGCUCGACGCCGGCCUCGCCGUGUGGGUGCUCACCGGAGACAAACCCGAGACCGCCAUCAACAUCGCCUACUCCGCCGCGCUCUUCUCGCAGACCGACCGUCUGCUGCAUCUCAUGUCCAGGGACAAGGAGCACGCGGAGUCAACUAUCAAGAGCUACCUGGAGGGCGGCCUGGCGGAGGGCGGGGGCGGGCGCGCGCUGGUGGUGGACGGGCGCACCCUCACCUACAUCCUGGACAGGCGCUCCGGUCUCGUGGCACCUUUCCUCUCGCUGGCCAAGCGCUGCUCCGCCGUGCUCUGCUGCCGCGCCACGCCGCUACAGAAGGCUUACAUUGUCAAGGCGGUGAAGGAGGAGUUAGGAGUUACGACGCUGGCGAUCGGAGACGGCGCCAACGACGUCUCCAUGAUUCAAACCGCUGAUGUUGGAAUCGGUCUAUCUGGUCAGGAGGGGAGGCAGGCUGUGAUGGCGUCAGACUUCGCGUUGUCCCGGUUCAAGUUCCUGGAGCGACUGCUGCUGGUGCAUGGACAUUGGUGCUACGACCGCCUCGCGCGCAUGAUACUAUACUUCUUCCUCAAGAAUGCUACGUUCGUGUUCCUGGUGUUCUGGUACCAGUUCUACUGCGGCUUCUCCUCCAUGGUGAUGAUCGACCAGCUUCAUCUCAUGGCCUACAAUCUCAUGUUCACCGCUUUCCCCCCAAUAGUCAUAGGCGCGUACGACCGGUCUGCGCCGGCGGCGCUGCUGGCGGAGCGGCCGGGGCUGUACGGGGCGGCGCGGCGCGGGCUGGCGUACCGCGCGCACUCCUACUGGGCCGUGCUGGCCGAGUCCGUCUACAUCAGCGUCGUGAUAUUCUUCAGCGCGGCCAGCGCGUACUGGGACACCGACGUCGACAUCUGGCUGUUCGGUCUCGUCAACAUGACCUGCUGUCUGCUCGUCAUGCUGGUCUACGUCGCCAUCGAGACCAGGAGCUGGACUGUGAUCCACGUGGUGGCGCUGUCGGGCUCCCUGAUAUCGUUCUUCGUGCUGACGCUGAUGUACCAGUCUGUGUGCGUGUCCUGCUUCAACCUGCCCUCCACCUACCGCGUCAUGCAUCACGCGCUCGUAGACCCCAUGUACUGGCUGCUGCUCGUGCUCACCACAGUCGCCGCGCUCGCGCCCAGACUGGCAUGGCACGCGGUGCGCAACUCAGUGCGGCCGGGCGCGCUGCGGCGAGCCGUGCUGGCGCGGCGGCGGCGCCCGCGGAGACUGCCCUAUGCCGCCACAUACCACACCACCAGCUCCUCCGCACACGUCUACAGGUCGACGGACGAGGACGGUCUACAGAAGACGCACUCUGACGUUGCGGCCAUCACGUGACGUCGCCUCCUCUUAUUUAAUUUGAAACCAGGCUGUGAUCUGUCAUUAGAACUAUUUGUAAUAUAACUAUAGAGUAAUAUAUUGUGCUUUUGUACCAAUAAAGCGGGACCAAUGCGUCAGUCGUGACCGGGGCCGACGGACUAAUGUUUGUAUUCAUAAAUUUGUGGCGAGCGGAAGACGUGGCCGGUGGUGGACACGGGAAUUUACACGUUUAAGUUAACUUAUCUAGUCUGUACUGUGUACCUAGCGCGCGUCAGCACGGGCCCGCACUCUUCCAACAUCUGUUCUCUGUCGAUACUGUUCGCUGCGAACGUAGUAUUCAAUAUGAUUCAGUAUUCAACGCUUCGGACCCACCACGGCUCGCCGGCACUGUACUUUGCAACUAUUGUACUUAUGUUACCCGCUUAUGGGAAAGAGAAGAGAGUCGGAAGUUUAGAGAAGUUCGCUUGCCCCACGCUAUCAGGGUUUGUCUGCGUUAUGUUCGUUGUCGGAUGAUCGAACAACGAUGUCCAUACUAUUUAUGUAUAACUAAUUUAUUUAGUAAUACUACAAAAAUUUUCAUACGACAUUCUGCAACGGACACAAUGCAGAAAUAUGUCUACACUAGAAAUGUUACUAUGAGUGUUCAUUGUGAUUUGGAGUGAUAGUGCAACAGUGAUCGGUGAUAUGAAAACAAGUAUUUUUAUAUAUUGUGGAGUAAAUCAUCUUCACGUAUUUUGUUUGGUAAUCGAGCCCGCUGCCUUGCCGGAGAUUGAACGAUUUAAGGUUUCAUUGCUGUCUCAGGAGGUAAGAAAUACACUAAAUCUUCAUUUUACGACAUUUCAUUAUUUUAACAUUGUAACUUCGCAACCUUAUGUACCAUUGAUAUAUCUAUUCUUACAUUUUUGUUAAUAUUUUAAUUAUUAGUUUCUAUAGAAAUAAAACACUUAUUUCA